AGUUUUCUUUUAUUUUUUUAUUACUAUUUUAUCACUACCCUUUUGAAUAUUUUAGUAAGAUGCCAGCAGUUGUUGGUUUUGCAUGGGCAGCAUUUGCCAUUGGGGUCAUGCUGUUGUCCUUUUUUAGUAUAGGGUUUACACGGUAUUACCAAAGUAAACGAGACUCAGAGCUGUCGGCCACGAUUGUUACUAUGGUGGCAUUGACAUUUAUUUUUGCAACGGUGGCAUUAUUACCGAUUGAUGUAUUUUUGGUUUCAAGCACGGUAGACACGCAUACGGGAUUAAAGAAAUUAUGGGCCGAUAGUGACACAAUUUACUGGAUGACAUUUACAGUUCAGAUCAUGUAUUAUAUUUUGUAUGGAGCUAUUAUUACUUUUGGAUUUUUCGUGAUUCCGUAUGCUUAUUUUUAUCAUCGUGAAGAAGGACCGAAUAGACGCAAUGCAGCCUUCAAAUAUAGUUUGGUGUUUGUAGGCUUAAAUGUCAUUUUGUUUUUAUUUGGCUUGUUUUUAAAGCCCAAUAUUUUACCGCCUCAUAUUGAUCUAGAAUGGUUCCGCAAUCUAUUGAUUGAAAGCAAUGGAGCCAAGGCCACCUGGUUCGUGGUGGGUUGUUUAUUUCUUCCCGGAAUGGCAGUUUUCAUUGUUUACACCGCACCGGGAUUAUCUAUCUUGGCGUUUGCUCUGAUUAAGGGCAAGUCAAGAUUAGAUGUGGAAGACCAUGAUGUCCAUGAAAGAUUGGCUUUGGUACGAGAAGGCCAGGAAGUUAUUCAGCACAAAUAUUCUGGGUCGGAUGAAGCACUGAAUGCACAUGAUUAUCGUACAUUAGAAAAUCUGAAUGAUGAAGAAAGAAUCUUGCUGCGCCGUUUAAAUGGCAUCGAACAGGACAGGACAGACUUUGUGCAAAAAGUAAUUCGAGUUUUUAAACCAUUUCAGGUUAUCAUCGGUCUUUUAUUGAUGUCGCUGAGUCUAUUAUUGGCUAUCACCAUGUUAAUGAGCAUUAUUGACAAAUUGUCAUUCUCUGUAUGUGGUCGUAAAUGUGGCUACAUCAUCAGUCAAUCUCGAUUAUUCAAUCCUGUUAACUUUAUGUUUGUUCAUCUACAAAAGUUAUUCCCGCUUGAUUACAUGAUGAUGGUUGGUAUUGCUAUCUACUUUUUUUUGGCUACGAUGGCGGGUAUAAUUCAAAUUGGAGUUCGGUUCUUAUGGGUCACGCUGUAUCGUAUUAAAAAGAGAUCCACAGCACCUCAAGGACUGUUAUUCUCUUGCAUUUUACUAAUUUUUGGAGUGUUGGCCUUUAACUAUGCAAUUACAUCAGUGGUGGCACCGGGCUAUGCACAUUUUGGAAGUCAAGUUUAUUGUAAUCAUACGGAAGGAGGAAGAAGAGAUUGUACGACUGAAGUUGACAAGAUUUUCCCGUGCGAUGUAUAUGCACCACUUGAAAUUUGCACUCCAACCGUGUCUUCCACAUUGAUCGACCGCAUGACAUUAAACACACCAGUGUUUGGCUAUUUAUUUUAUUACGCUCAGUGGGCAUUUUUAGUAUCAUUUACAUUUGGAUUUCUAAUUUCAUUAUUUAAAUCACCCACAUAUGAAUCACAAGACCCCGAACGGGCCUUAUUGGACAAUCAUUGAUUGGAUGCAUUAAAAUAAAAAUAAACAAGCUCAAGCACGUUAUCUUUUAUAGCUAUUUCUCCUAUUAAGAGAAUUUAUACUUGCCAACUUCUGGAGGGGAAAACAAGAGAGAGAGAGAGAGGGCUCGUGCUCACUAUUUUUUUUUUUUUUUUUUUUUUUUUUGGAUUU